UCCAAGAUGGCGGCGGGUUCCAGCACUACUUCGGAUUCCAACCAACAAGUCGACAGAAUAUCUUCCCUUUACCCUAAAGUAGACGAGUCAGAGACCCCCUUACCGCGAUGUUGGAGUCCUAAAGAUAAGUUUACCUUUAUUGGACUCUCUCAGAACAAUUUGAGAGUCCAUUACAAAGGUGUUGGUAAAACUCAUAAAGAUGCAGCCUCAGUCAGAGCUACCCAUCCAAUCCCAGCAGCAUGUGGCCUUUAUUACUUUGAAGUAAAGAUAGUGAGCAAGGGAAGAGAUGGAUACAUGGGGAUCGGUUUAACGGCACAAGGAGUCAACAUGAACAGAUUACCUGGAUGGGAGAAGAACUCUUAUGGUUAUCAUGGAGAUGACGGGCAUUCGUUCUGUUCAUCUGGGACAGGAAAGCCAUAUGGACCAACGUUUACUACAGGAGAUGUGAUUGGUUGCGGAUUAAACUUGAUUGAUAACACCUGUUUCUAUACUAAGAAUGGUGUAAAUCUAGGGAUUGCAUUCAGAGAUCUCCCUUCCAUUCUUUAUCCGACUGUCGGCUUACAAACACCAGGAGAAGUUGUAGAUGCAAAUUUUGGGCAACUUCCAUUCCUAUAUAACAUUGAAGAAGAGAUAAAAGAAAUACAUGCAAACACAACAGCAGCUAUAGAGAAAUAUCCAAUCAGUGAUAAGGAAGGACAAUGGCAGUCUACAAUACAAAAGAUUGUUUCAACGUACCUUAGACACCAUGGUUACUGUGCUACAGCUGAAUCAUUUGAUAGAAGUACAGGACAAUCCUGUCCAGAGGAGCUGGCGUCCAUUAAGAACAGACAGAGAAUACAGAAACUAGUUUUAGCUGGUCGUAUAGGAGAAGCAAUAGAAAUGACGCAGUCUUUGUACCCAGGGUUAUUAGAAAGAAACCAGAAUUUAUUAUUUUUACUAAAAUGCCGUCAAUUUGUGGAAAUGGUCAGUGGAAAUGAUAGUGAAGUACGCCCGUCGGCUCACAGCCCAAGGUCAAGUCCUAAUGUAAGCCCAACACAUUCUUAUGGUGCUACAUCGGUUAGCAGCGUAGGAGCUAGUUCAAGUGGGUCGACAUCAAAUGGACUUGUUAGUAAUGGUGUUGACCAUGGUCUUGCCGAUGAUGAUGAUGCGCCAAUGGAAGUGGAAGAUGUCGAGGAGUCUUCUAAUGGUAGUGUUAUUAAUGGUGAUUCUAUGAUAGAAGACCAACCUCACAGCCCUAGAAGAAGUUCAUCUGAAACUUGUUCACCUCGUCAACUGUGCUGUGGUAACAGAUCAACCCUGGAAAAAAUCCUCAGAUUUGGCCGGGAUUUACACAAUAUGAGUAUACAUCUGAGAAGAGAACACGGCAAGAAUGAAACUAACAAGAAGGCAUUACAGGAUGCCUUUAGUCUACUAGCAUACAGUGAUACAUGGUCAAGUCCUGUAGGUUAUCUUCUAGAUCCAGUUCAAAGAGAACCAAUCUGCUCAGCUCUUAAUAGUGCUAUCUUAGAAUCUCACAACAUGCCAAGACAGCCACCUCUAGAUCUGGUCCUCGGCCAGGCACAGGAAUGCCUCAAAUUAAUGUCAAAAGUAGGACUUGGUGCAUGCGCAUUUGCUAGUGUGGAAGAGUUUCUUCAAUGAAUACAACCCUUAUUCUAACUUGUAUAUAUCACAGACUAUAGGUCAUCCUAGGCUAUUGUAUUGAGUAUGAAAUCCAUGACACACGGCUGACGUUGAUAUCAAGGACUGCAAAUGUAGGUUUUGUUCAAGUAUGAAAACCAUCAUGGCUCUCACAUGAUGUCAAGGACUGCAUCCUUGAAGCAAGUAGGGAGACAAGAUUUAACUAUGAUGAAAAAGUGUGAUGAAAAAGUGGGAUAGCUAUUUACAGUGCAACGCACCUAACCAUGGCCACCCAACUUUUUUUAUCAAUGCCAUUGAAUCCUUUCCUGCCAAAUGUUUCCAUCAAUUAAAAGACUUUGGUGUCCAGCGUUAGCCAGUAAAGGGACCAAAAUAGGUAUCACCUAGGAAAAUGGCUAGCCAUUUAUUUAAGUUUUUGUUGCAAAGGAUACGAAAUAAUUUUAAGUAUUUGUGGUCAUGCUGAGUGAGUUCAUAAGCAAAUGCUUAAAAUCUCGCUGUCUGAUUGGCUAACUGGGUGACCAAGGUUAGGCGCGUCGCACUGUAAACCUUCUCAGACCCUCCCCCUGUGGUUCUUCCUUCCUAACAGCAUCUCCCAUAACAAGAGACUCUUUUAGCAGGAAACUGUGGUCCCUGGAUGGGAUCAAGAAAUGCAAAAUAGCUCACUUAUUCUGGUUGAAGGAUUUCACAUACACAAAAUAAAAUUUGAGGGACUGAAAAAACAAAA